GUGAAUCAGAUUGAGGAUUAAUUGAACGUGCGAGCCUGAAAGUGCUGUCGAGGCAUCGAGUCGUAUAAGAAUUCGAUCCCAGGCUUCCACGACGUCGUUGUUUCUCCAUUGCUUUCCCUGAUUUGCGCAAAAGCCACCCCAAGUCACCCCACCAUGGCCGAGGAGAAACCCAAUUGCAAGGUCAUUCUUGCCAACAACAUCGCGAAGAAGCUGCUGGAGGAGGUGCACGAUGGGCUGAAGAAAGUCGACCGCAAGCCGCUGCUCGUGGGCUUCCUUUCGUCUCAAGACCCCGCCGCCCGAGUCUACGCGGAAUGGACGGGCAAGACGGCCAACGAAAAUGGCUUCGCAUUCGAGCUCCGCGAAAUCGACCGCGAGCUCCUCGAAGACGCUCUCAUCGACGCAAACAACGACGCCAAAGUCGACGGCAUCAUCGUCUACUACCCCAUCUUCGGCAACCGCCAGGACCAGUACCUGCAGCAGAUCGUCUCCAUAGACAAGGACGUCGAGGGCCUCUCGCACCAGUACAUCUUCAACAUGUACCAGAACAUCCGCUUCCUCGACGACGCAAACACGAAGAAGAGCAUCCUGCCCUGCACGCCCCUCGCCGUCAUCAAGAUCCUCGAAUACCUGCAGAUAUACAACUCCAUACUGCCCUACGGCAACAGGCUCCACGGGCGCACCAUCACAGUCAUCAACAGGAGCGAGGUUGUCGGACGUCCGCUCGCGGCGCUUCUAGCCAACGAUGGAGCAUGCGUACACAGCGUCGACAUCAGCGAUGUGCAGACCUUUACACGCGGCGAGGGGCUGCGCAAGCGCAGACACGAGGUAGAAGAGAAGCCUGGCUGGACGAUCAAGGACUGCCUGCCCAUCAGCGACGUCGUCAUCAGCGGCGUGCCUGGUGACACGUACAAGGUCCCGCUGGAGCACAUGCGCGCCGGCGCCGUCUGCAUCAACUUCUCCAGCGAGAGGAAUUUCACGCCGGAGGUCAAGGAGAAGGCGUCCAUCUACGUCCCUGCAAUUGGCAAGGUCACUAUUGUGGUUCUCCUCCGGAACUUGCUGCGCAUGGUGCAGAACAAGAUUGACGCCGCAGAGGAUGCCGCACAGAAAGCCGACAAGUCCCAAUAGAUCACCUGCAAGCGUUGAGCUUGCGCCAUUUUCUUUUCGUCUCGAUACCCUCUAGAAGGCAUACAGCCACCAAAAGUUUCUCUUCAUACGCUCUUCGAUCCUACUGUAUGCGUGAUGCAUUGUCAGGGUGAUCUUUCCGUACUUCUUGCCCGCCCACUGACAGCUGCAACAUCUGUGGCAAGCGGAGCGGCGAGCUAUGCUGACCUGCUUGUCGUUUGGCACCCUA